UCGCAAGUAUCAUUUGUGCCAGAAAUCUUGAUUACCCCGCACAGCAGUUCGGACUGGAAACGAUUAUCAGAUAUGGCAUCCUCAGCGGGCACCAGCCCAUCGCCUUCGCCGGCUAUUUCAAUGAUGUUCGAUUUCGAUUACGCUGCGUCAGGCCCCAGGAAAUUAUCUGUCCAGAUGGCUGCUUCGUCGGAUCCAUUUCUGCAUGAUUGCCGAAAACUGAUGGUGGAAACCGGACUAGCAAACACUGACGAAUUUCGCUGCCGAGCGUAUUCGACCUUGGAACUGCUCGGAUUGCGUACUAGUAACUCACAAGUGAAAUCGGUAAAUUCUGGGAGAAAUUUCCUUGUUCCACUGCGGCAAAGGACGGUGGAUGCUUCGGGUGGGGUGAUGAAGGCAAGUGGAACGAAGGUACUGUGUACGGAUUCUGCGCACAGGGGUCGAAGGCAAGGGAAAGAGUUGGAUGGGUGA